AUGGGAGAGCUCUGGGCACUGUUGGUCGAAGCUGAUGAAGCAGAGGAUGGCAUACCGCGCAGUCUGGUAGAGAAGAAAAUUGAAGAAUUACGCAAGGAACCACGACCUGGGAAUGGUGAUGUGAAACCGGAGCCAACACCACAAUCAGAAGAUUGGGCAACUAGAAUGGGUGAUGCUGGAUUUUUCCGAGGUACAAGCUCGGAUCAAGAUGGUCGGUUUUCUGAUAAGGAGAAGAAGUUGCUCAAACAGAUGAAAUUCGAGAACACAUUAGAUCGGAAGAUCAACAUGGACAAAAUCAACUUGGACGUGAUCAAGCCGUGGAUCACUAUGCGUAUCAACGACAUUCUCGGUAUCGAAGACGAUGUUGUGAUUGAGUAUAUAAUGAGUCAAUUGGAGGAAAAAGAUAUUAAUCCAAAAAUUAUGCAGAUAAACAUUACCGGAUUCCUCAAUGCUCGACGCGCACGAGAGUUUAUGGGAGAGCUCUGGGCACUGUUGGUCGAAGCUGAUGAAGCAGAGGAUGGCAUACCGCGCAGUCUGGUAGAGAAGAAAAUUGAAGAAUUACGCAAGGAACCACGACCUGGGAAUGGUGAUGUGAAACCGGAGCCAACACCACAAUCAGAAGAUUGGGCAACUAGGUACAGCUCAUUGUCUGGUGGUCGCUACACUGGUCCCACGAAAGAGAAGGAAGUACCUGAUGACCGUAUCACAAAAAUUAGCCCGCGCGGCGGUACACCUCCUCGACGACGUAGAGAAAAUCGUGGUGAUGACACACCACCCAGAAGGAGAGCUUACGACGAUCGAGAUCGCGACCGGGAAAGGGAGAGGGAUCGAGACCGAGAACGUGACAGAGAACGUGAACAACGCAGGCAGCAGCGUAUAGAAGAUGAGAGGAAAAGAGAGGAGGAGUCGAAGAAGAGGGAAGAGGAAAGGCUGAAGCGACGCGCUGAAGAGAGGGAACGCGAGAGGAGACGAGAUGAGGAGCGAGCAAAGGAAAGAGAGCGUCGACGAGCCGAAGAAAGGGAACGAGAAAGGCGUAGGAGGAAGAGCAGAAGCAGAUCGAGGUCGAGAUCACCUGUGAAGAGGCGAUUCACCGAAACGACUUCGAGCAGUAAGCGCAAGCGCAGUCCUAGCACUUCGUCCACAUCAUCUUCAGAAGAGGAAAGGAAAAAGAAGAAGGCCAGCAGGCGCAAGUAUCGAUCGAGCACUGAUGAAUCUGAUUACGAGAAGAAGUCGAAAAAGGAGAAGAAAUCAAAGAAGCAUAAGAAGGAAAAAAAGAAGAAGGAAAAGAAGAGGUCUCCGACUCCAAGCAUAUUCACCGUACUGCAGUGGCUGUUGCGGAAAUCGUUUCGGGGUAGGGAGGGGCGAAACCAGUCUUCAAAAAAGAGGCUCGUCCUCUCGCAGUAUAUGGGUGAUGUACGGCAGCAAAACAGCACAACAGCUGGAAUAGAGGCUGCGAGUGUAACGGUUGCUGCACUACAAUCGGCCGCACGCGCUGCUAAUAAAGUCGAUUCAUCGUCGGUUUCUCCGAAUUUUGUAAAAGGAGUGCUUGGCUUUGCAUCAUUAACGACAUUAGCUGCUGGAGUUCGCACUGCGUGGAAACAUAGUCGACAACCUGAAGCGGCCGAUCUACGACGGGCACAGAUUUUCUCGGGAGUGGGAUUUGCAACGAGAGCGCUGGGUAUAGCAACAGUGAUAACAGUUUCUGGCUUCUCUCUAUUCGUCGUCGGUAUUUCGUGGGCAUUGAACGUGAACACACCGCGCCAGUUUGGCAGCGCCAUGCGCCAAGCGUUUGGAGAUUCAUUGCGAUUACCACAGAGUAAAAACUCGCAAACCUUCGAGGAGUUGAUAUUGAGUCUUGAAACGCAAGAGAAGCAGAGAAACUCGUCAUCGUCGCCGACGAAGCAAGAAUAG